UGAUUGCUCAGGUAAUUAUCACGUGCUGAGCUGACUCAUAAAUACAGCGAUGUACCCUUUCUGCCUUUUCUUAACUAUCGCAAGCUUUUACAUAGUAAGUCAUAAUCAAUGACUACCUAACUAACAAAAAUGCAUCACACAAUUAAAGCCUUUACGAGCGAGUUUCUAAACAGCAUAUCCCAAGCGACAACUAGUCCUAAAGAUGCAGAGGACAUUAUCGUGUUGCCAAAGUAUUGGAACUGGUUAAGUAAUUUAGAAAGACUCUGGGACCAACGAGAAGUCUGCCCACAUUGUAGGUGGGAUGGUAAUCCUGAACAUCUACUCAAAGUCCCAACUCCUCGGGAUGAACCAAAUAUCAUAUUCAGUCGGCCCGAGGAUUCACAUUGUAUCUGUUGCAAUAUAAUUGACCGUUUGUUUGAACGACAGCAAAAUCUAGAUCGAGAUCGAUGGACUAUAUCUCCGUGGAUAAAUCAGGACAAACCCUGUGUUCUUCUGGAAGAUACCUUAAUGGAAGAAGAUGAAGUUGAGUGGAACUUUUUCCUUCCGCAUUCAGAACGGAGGAGUCUAUCAGGAAUACCAAAGGGUUUUCUUGUCUCCGGCAGCACCGCAUCAGAAGCCGCCUGUGAAUGGGCAAAACACCAGUUAUCAACCUGUUCUCAAUAUCACCAACGUUGCCACACGCGAGACAGCUCAUUCCUUCCUACACGACUCAUAUAUAUCGCUGGUAGUAACGACGAGGUAAGGCUGAUAGACAACUCUGAAGUACCGAAUGGUUCACAUUAUGUAGCUCUCAGUCACUGUUGGGGCUUGAAGCUACUCGAGUGUCUGACUACUAAGGGAAAUUUAUUGGAUCAGAAGGAAAAUGUUCCUUGGAGUACGCUUCCAAAGAGCUUUCAAGAAGCUAUCUUGUUUACGCGCAAACUUGAUAUAGGCUAUAUAUGGAUUGACUCACUAUGUAUCAUUCAAAGAGACCCCGAAGAUUGGUUACGGGAGGCCGGCCGAAUGUUCCAUGUUUAUCAGAAUGCGUUCUUGACAAUUGCCGCAUCUCAUGCCGAGGACAGUUCUAAGGGGCUAUUCUCCAGCUUGGGCCCUGGACAACAGCUACAAUUGGGUAAAAUUCGGCAUGGUACUGAAGAGUACCAGUUAUAUGCGCAGCAGUCUUUCCCGGAGAUCACCAAUCUGUACUUGAAUCACCGAACUGAGCCCCUUUUCAAGCGAGCUUGGACAUUCCAAGAAAGAUUAGUCUCUCCUCGAAUACUAUAUUUCACAAAACACGAGUUGAUAUGGGAAUGUUAUUCAACAUCCGUCUGUGAGUGCGGGUUCCACGGUGGUGGGCCGUAUAAUCCGCCAAGUUUGAAGAUGCUACAUGUCAACAACUUAGUGAACAGUCCACCUCUUUCACAGCAAUCCCCCACCAACUAUAAUGAAUAUAUUAGAAAUGCCAUAAGGUUUACUAAGAAAAAUAAACUCUCGAAGGGCGAUACUGAGAAGACAUGGCGUAGAAUUGUUCAAUUUUACUCGGACCUGCAACUUACCAACCAAACGGAUAGACUUCUAGCGAUCGGGGCCAUCGCAGAGCAGACUCGAGCCGUGCGCCAGAACAAGACAUAUCUUGCUGGGCUUUGGCAUGAAUCACUUGGGCUAGACUUGCUGUGGGCUCGCAAGCGUAAGCCAAAACCCCAACAACGUUCAGAACACUAUAUUGCGCCUACCUGGUCGUGGGCCUCCAUCCCUGGCCCAGUUGCUUACGACUCUACAGCACCGCUUAAGCCACAUGUGAAGGUGUUGGACGCAAGCUGCGAGUACACAGACGGAAACCAAUUUGGGCAAGCUACUGGAGGACGGUUAACAUUACGUGGGGACUCUAUCACGUGUACGCUUUGCAAGUCCUCUCAGGAAUCCCCAGAGGAUUACCGCAUUUUACAUCCCGAGUUAGCGGUUGACGUCGAAGUCAGUGUAGAUUGCGAUCCAUUUCCACAGACAAAGGAGCAAAUGACCGUGCUUAUCUUACGCAUAGCUGAUACGUGCCAGUUUCCAGCACCCAUCAGCAUUAUCCUUAAGGGGGAUAGGGGGGUGGAUGACGAGGUAUUAUAUACUCGCUUAGGACUUGCAUCACCGCCUGGGACCAGUAUCGAGGGACAAGAGGAGCGUCGGAAGCUUAUGGAUUGGUUCGACAGUUGCAGUGAAAUUCGAACAUGCAUUAUCAUUUAACUCAACGCCACUAUUGAAGCUAGGAGUAUGAUGACAAUCGCAGAAGCAAAAUGAUUUUAGAAAAUAUGUUGGGUCGUUCCUACAUAGCGCGUUGGGCAUCGUCGUGUCCCUGUGGAUACUAUCGCCGAUGUCCCGGACGACUUGAAGUCAAAUCAGGGCUUAGACGGCCCGUUCCUCUAGGUUAGGCGUCGUAUAGAAGAUGUCAGUUGAGUCAAAUGGGAACUAUAUUUCAAGCACAGA